CGAAAAGGAGUACAUCUCGAGGGCUACUAUUCCUCCCAAUGGAGACGUUUACGCCAGAAAUAAGUUCAAUCAGAUGGCCAGCGAUCGGCUGCCCAGCAAUCGUAUCAUUCCCGACACCCGUAGCUAUAAAUGUUUGACCAAAGAGUACGACCAAAAGCUACUGUUCCCCACCAGUGUUGUCAUAACGUUCCACAACGAGGCCCGAUCCACACUAUUGAGGACUAUUGUGUCGGUUCUCAACAGAAGUCCCGAACAUUUAAUACAUGAAAUCAUUUUAGUCGACGAUUUCAGUGAUAAUCCUUCGGAUGGCGAAGAGCUCUCCAAAAUACAAAAGGUUCGCAUCAUUCGCAACAACAAGAGAGAGGGUCUCAUGAGGUCGAGGGUCACGGGGGCCGACGCCGCCACCGCACCGGUACUAACUUUUUUGGACAGUCACUGCGAGUGUAAUACCGGUUGGUUGGAGCCGCUGCUCGCCAGGGUUGGGGAGAACCCAAAUCUAGUCGUCUCACCAGUCAUUGAUGUCUUAAAUAUGGAUACCUUUCGAUAUAUCGCCGCCUCUUCCGACUUAAGGGGAGGUUUUGAUUGGAAUUUAGUGUUUAAGUGGGAAUACUUGCCCUCCGAGGUGAGGAAGAAUCGC